GCAAAGAGCGGGCUGACAGGGUAGAGCAGAGCACUGUGUGUUCUGAAGCAGCUCGCUCCCUCUCUCCCUUCCUCCCUCUGUAUAAAGAGAUGAGCCGAGGAAGAGGGAACAGACGAGUGCGACACCGCCACGCGUAGCUCCUUCUAUAGCAUAGAUAACGUCAGACAGAACUGGUGAACAUCCCUGGUGCCUUUGCUUUGUGGAUGUUUUAGUCUAAAUGGAUGAACAGAACGAAGGGGAACAUGUGCUCACGGGUCUAGAUGAGGAGGCGAUUGUUGACCACGGAAAGACGAGCUUCGCCACUCUCUCAAACCAUGAGAAAGACGAUUUUGAAAGCCACAGAGCAGUGUACGUGGGUGUCCAUGUUCCUCUUGGGAGGGAGAGUAAGCGGAGGCAUCGCCACAGAGGACACAAGCAAAGAAAGAAGAAGAAUAGAGAUUCCGAGGAGGGGAAAGAAGAUGGCAGGGAUUCUCCUACUUAUGACACGCCAUCCCAGAGGGUACAGUUCAUCUUGGGUACAGAGGAUGAUGACCUGGAGCACGUCCCUCACGACCUCUUCACCGAAAUGGAUGAGCUGUCCUUUAGAGAUGGCACUGCCACUGAGUGGAGAGAGACUGCCAGAUGGCUGAAGUUUGAAGAGGAUGUGGAAGAUGGUGGUGAGAGGUGGAGUAAGCCUUACGUGGCCACAUUGUCCUUGCACAGCUUAUUUGAACUGCGUAGCUGCAUACUUAACGGCACAGUUUUGCUGGAUAUGAGGGCCAGUAGUAUCGAGGAAAUCGCAGACAUGGUGAUAGACAGCAUGGUGGCGUCAGGGCAGCUGAAGGAGGAUUUGCGUGACAAGGUGCGGGAAGCAAUGCUGAAGAAACACCAUCAUCAGAAUGAGAGAAAGCUCAGCAAUCGCAUCCCACUUGUGCGCUCCAUUGCUGACAUAGGCAAGAAACAUUCUGACCCACUCUUGCUUGAAAAGAACGGAGAGGGCCUGUCCUCUUCACGUCUUUCUCUCCACAAGCCAGGGACAGCAUCCUCUGUAUCCAACCUGUCCCAGAGACGAGAGUCCAGAGUCUCCGUUCUGCUCAACCACCUGCUGCCCUCUUCUUCUUCCAACACUGGGCUUUUCCCAGGUCCUUCUCCCUUUACCACCCCUCAGGCUUUACGCCGUUCUCAGAGCCCAUCACACAGACAGGGCGUAGUCCUCGGCCCACAAGGCAUCCCUGAGGUUGUGGUAUCUCCUCCAGAGGAUGAGGACCCACCAGAAGAAGAGGCGGUAUCACCACAGCUCAGCCGGCGAGCAUCCUCAGCAUCCCAGAGCGUUGAGCUGCUGCCCUUAGAAGGACCACUGGUGUCUCAGAACUCCGUCCCAAACAAUCUGGAUAGCAACAAGGCAAUGGAUAGGCGGCCAUCCAAAGUAGGGGUCAGUAGAGAAAGCAGCAGUGUCGACUUCAGCAAGGUGGACAUGAAUUUCAUGAAAAAGAUUCCCCCGGGUGCUGAGGCUUCCAAUGUGCUAGUGGGAGAAGUGGACUUCCUGGAGAAGCCCAUAAUUGCAUUUGUUCGACUGUCACCUGCAGUCCUUAUCACAGGCCUUACUGAGGUGCCUGUGCCCACAAGGUUUCUUUUCCUGCUUUUGGGUCCUCACGGCAAAGGACCACAGUACCAUGAAAUUGGCAGAUCCAUGGCCACGCUAAUGACAGACGAGAUUUUCCACGACGUUGCAUACAAGGCCAAAGACCGAACUGAUCUACUCUCUGGGAUAGAUGAGUUCCUUGAUCAGGUGACUGUCCUUCCUCCUGGAGAGUGGGAUCCCACAAUUCGAAUUGAGCCACCCAAGAAUGUCCCAUCUCAGAUAAAGAGGAAAAUACCACUGCAGCCCAAUGGCAGUGCACCUCCAGCUGGAGAACUGGAAAAGGAGGAGGACCAUCAUGCAGGGCCUGAGCUGCAGAGGACUGGGAGAAUUUUCGGAGGUCUGGUCCUGGAUGUCAAGCGGAAAGCGCCCUUUUACUGGAGCGACAUCAGGGACGCUCUCAGUCUGCAGUGUCUCGCUUCUGUCCUUUUCCUUUACUGCGCCUGCAUGUCUCCUGUCAUCACAUUCGGGGGUCUGCUUGGGGAGGCGACAAAAGGCAACAUAAGCGCCAUCGAGUCUCUAUUUGGGGCAUCACUGACAGGAGUAGCAUACUCCCUCUUUGCAGGCCAGCCCCUCACUAUUCUUGGCAGCACGGGGCCUGUUUUAGUAUUUGAGAAGAUCCUCUUUAAGUUCUGCAAGGACUAUAGCUUGUCCUACCUGUCUCUACGGACCAGCAUUGGUCUGUGGACUGCCUUCCUGUGUAUCCUCCUCGUGGCCACAGAUGCAAGCUCUCUGGUUUGCUACAUUACCCGCUUCACAGAGGAAGCUUUUGCAGCAUUGAUCUGCAUCAUCUUCAUCUACGAAGCUCUAGAGAAGCUCUUUCAUCUGGGAGAAUUGUACCCUGUCAACAUGCAUAACAGCUUGGACAACCUUACUCUGUAUUCGUGUCAGUGCUCUCCACCAGCAAAUGCUACAGAUGAGGUCAUGCAGAAGUGGAACCAGUCCGGAUAUAGUCCAGACUCUAUCGAAUGGAGCAGCCUCAGUGUUUCAACGUGCAAAUUGCUCCAUGGAGACUUUGUGGGUCCUGCCUGUGGUCACCAUGGGCCGUACAUCCCAGAUGUUCUCUUUUGGUCUGUUAUCCUCUUCUUCACAACCUUCUUUUUGUCAUCAUUCCUCAAGCAGUUUAAAACAGAAAGAUACUUCCCCACCAGGGUGCGAUCCACUAUUAGUGACUUUGCAGUGUUUAUAACCAUCAUGAUUAUGGUGCUAGUGGACUACCUAAUGGGGAUCCCGUCUCCUAAACUGAAUGUUCCUGACCGCUUUGAGCCAACUUCAAAGAACAGAGGCUGGCUAAUGGAUCCGUUAGGAGAAAACCCUUGGUGGACACUGCUGGUGGCAGUACUUCCUGCCAUGCUCUGCACCAUCCUCAUUUUUAUGGAUCAGCAGAUCACAGCAGUCAUCAUCAACCGCAAAGAGCACAAGCUGAAGAAAGGAUGUGGCUAUCACCUGGACUUGCUCCUCGUGGCAAUAAUGCUGGGCGUGUGCUCCAUUAUGGGCUUGCCGUGGUUUGUGGCUGCAACCGUCCUCUCUAUUUCCCACGUUAACAGCCUGAAGGUGGAGUCCGGCUGCUCCGCACCGGGAGAACAGCCCAAGUUUUUGGGAAUCCGGGAACAGCGAGUCACGGGAUUUAUGAUCUUUGUCCUGAUGGGUUGUUCUGUCUUCAUGACAUCAGUGCUCAAGUUUAUUCCAAUGCCGGUUCUGUACGGAGUCUUUCUCUACAUGGGUGUCUCUUCCCUCAAAGGCAUUCAAUUCUUUGACAGAAUCAAACUGUUUGGCAUGCCUGCAAAGCACCAGCCUGACCUGAUCUACCUGCGCUAUGUGCCACUGUGGAAGGUCCAUAUCUUCACCCUGAUACAGCUCAGCUGUUUGGUGCUGCUCUGGGUAAUCAAGGUGUCUGCAGCAGCUGUUGUAUUCCCCAUGAUGGUUCUGGCGCUGGUCUUUAUCCGAAAGCUUCUAGACUUUUUCUUUACCAAGAGAGAGCUGAGCUGGCUCGAUGACUUGAUGCCAGAAAGCAAAAAGAAGACUGAGGAUGAUAAGAAAAAGAAAGCGCGUGAAAAGCUGGAUGAAGAGUCCGGACUGGAGGAAGAAGAAGAGAUGGGGAUUAAGGACACUUAUGAAGACUCAAACCGGCUCAAGAUCCCAGUGAAGGAACUCUCAGGGAGUUCUGACACUGACCCCUUGGUUGUAAAUAUCUCUGAUGAGAUGGCCAAAACCGCAGUGUGGAAAGCAGUGAACUCGAGUGCAGAGUCUUGUGUCCAACCUGUGAAGCUUAGCGGAAGCCAGGAAAAGGUGGCCUGCGUUAGAGUCGACGUCAGCCCAGACACACCUGGAAGAGACUCCACUACCGAGACGUUCCUGUAAUAAAUUGUGCAGAACUCCUUUUGUCCUCAAUACCUUCUCCUUCACAACACUUUUACCACACCGAUGGACGCAAUCUUAGAAGGAAAGGGGACACACUGAACUGGAGCAG